AAUGACCAGGAGCAGAAACUUCAGGCCAUGAAGGAUCUCCUGAGAAAACUCCCCAAGGAAAACCAAGAGAUCUUCAAAUAUGUCAUCUCUCACUUGAACCGGGUGAGCCAGCACCAUCACAUAAACCUAAUGACCAGUGAGAAUUUGUCCAUCUGUUUCUGGCCAACAUUGAUGCGCCCUGAUUUUACCACCAUGGACGCUCUGACAGCGACUCGUACCUACCAGACAAUCAUCGAGCUCUUCAUCCACCAGUGCUCCUACUUCUUCUACCAGCGCCCUCCCUUGGACCUUCCCACACCUAGUUCUCCUUCUGCUCCUCUUCUCAAUCAACCCUCUCCCCCCCAGUCUCCUCCUUUAACUCCUGUGUCCCCAUCGCAAACCCUGCUCCCUACAGAUCAGAACAUCCUGUGACCGUUCCCUCCAUGUGCAGCUUCUAGACGCCCGGAGGCAACAUUCGCCCCCUUCCCUACCACUCGCUGACCUCUCCAUGAGGGCCAGUGGUAUUACAUAUGGGACCACUACAGAUAUGAGAGACUUGGAGUAUGAGCCGGGGACCGAACCUCCGAGGAGGGGGAUUUAUCUUGGUACAUUACUGAGAGGGGGCUUCCUUGGUACACGUACUGCAAGAUAUGGUGCCUGGUACACUGACUGUGCUAGACUGUGAUCUGGUACCCCUUGGCCGCGGUGGUGGGCCCUGAUUCUGUGGUUGAUUAAAUGGAUUUGUACAGGAUCAGCGCUCAGUCCUGAUCACGCCAGCAUUACGGGAGAAGCGGCACAAAGUCUGACAUCGGCGAGGAGCCACACUGUGGAUUACUCAGCGAGGGGCCUCUGCGUUUCUCUGUGCCCCCCGCCGGCCCCAGGUUGUAGGACACUAAUGUAACGGACACAGAUACCACACUACAUAUCGUAGCACUUACAGAUGCGGCCCGCGCGAGAGUCUAGGGUUAAUGGGGGCUGCAUGAAUUGUAUGCUUUGUACAUUACUACACGGAAGACACUAAUGUGUGACACUGGCUGGAGAUUACACGCAUGUUUCAUGUGUUAGAGAGUUUGAACGUCGGUUUAAUCACCGCUGCUUGAGCUUCUUUUCUUUUGUUUUUUUAAUAGAGGCGCCUCGGGAUUGAGUGAACUGUCAAUUCACUUUGAUGUACGGUUUGUGGUAACUGAUCUCCUGAGGUGCGUUAUUGUCCGGGCUCUCACCCGAGCCAGUUUCAUGUACUGAUAUUUUAUGUUAAAAGCAAGGCCUGAUCCUCACAUACAUAAAGGGUUUGACUGCACUGCCCCCUCCCCAUUUUAACCCAAAUAUUCUACUGAAAAUGACUCCCUAGUGAUAGCCCCCCACCCCCUCCCUCCUACCUAACUGACUUCAGAAUGAGUUUGCCCUCACCUACCUCUUUGUGAAGACACUAAUUAUCCUUAAGUGUUAAAACCACCUCCCUAAUACCUGUACGACGGAUUACAGUGCAGAACCGUUCUCUUCCUUCUAACAUAAGUAACCCCAAGUCGCUUAGUGACUGACUCCCCCGCCCGGAGAGCCUGACGCCGCAGGAACCGGUACACGGACCGACACCCGUGGGGGACUGGGGCGGUUGUCGGACGGACGUCUUUGAACGAACGAUUUGUAUGUUAGAGCCGAGAGGUGUUUUGUAAGUGGCUGUAGAAUGUAUAUAGCGUGAGGAGCGGAGAUUGGUGAGUUAGGCUCGCUCUCGCUCUGUAGGGUUAUGUUAUGUGAAGGCGCCAGAGGGAAAGUUACAUUCUGCACCAGGGGGCGACUGAGAGCUGAACCCGCAAACUUGUCUAACACGUGUGCGGCGGGUCCAGGGGGGGCUGCCGGGUGUUUCCUGUUCUGUUCGUUGCUGUCCAUUUGGUUGUGAUAGAGGGGUUGGGUCAUUUCGUGCAUGAGAACGUGAUCCUUCCGCUGACGCCCUGAAUCAUGUAUUUGCUGCAAGUCUGCUCAUUGUAAUUGGAACAAACUUCGAGGGCCUUAAUGUGACUUGUAUUAUAGCUAAUAAAUCUUGUUAUAAACUCCCA